AUGGCACCCAGCAGAGAAUGCCAGGUCCCAGUGAUCCAGAUGAUCCGGGGGCUGUCCCUGGCCUCCUCUCUUCUGCUGCUGCUGCUCUGCUGUCUGUGGGUGUUGGGGGCUGGCCUAAGUUUGGCCCUGUACCUACACCUGCUGCUUGGACAUUGGCAGGUGUACCGGCUGGUGACCUUCCCCUUGGGCCACAAGGCCCUCCCUGCCCUGUUGCUGAGCCCGCUUCUCUUCCCCACCCUGGGCUGGUUUCAAGAGAGACACCUGGGCACUGUGAGCUAUGUUCAUGCCUCGGACCUGGGGGCCCUGGCCACUGGGCUGCUCUACCUGCUUCUGGCUGGCCUCGGGGUGCCCGGGGCAGGGAGCAGGACCUGCGGUUACAUGCCCAUCCACCUGGCUCUGCUGGCGGCCCAGGGGCUGCUGGUGCUGAUGCACUUUGUGAGCUCCGAGCCCCUCUUCCUCCUCCAGCUGUGCGGCCUGGCCCACUCUGCCGGGGUCUUCCGCCGACCGGAGCUCUCUGAGCGCAGGCUCCAAGCCCUGCAGAAGGCUGGUGUUUGCAGGGCACUGGAGGGCAGCUCUCUGUUGUACUUCAUCCCAGCCCCAGGCAGCCCACUGGAGCUGCCAGUCAUCCGCCCUGCUGGGCUAAGACAUAGUGAUCCUGACCCUCUUGGGCAUUUAGUGCCUGGACUCUGGUCCUCCGCCCCUGCCCCAGCCCUCCUCUCUCCUGGCCUGGGCGCUGGCCCCUCCUUGUUUGAUGCCGCCAUCUUUGAAGGGGCCCAGUCUUGGGAUGCCCUCAGCCUCCCUCUGGAGACCCCCCUCUGGAGUCAGGGAGAGCAUGCGAAUGAGGAGCUGCUGCAGGCAGCCAUCCACGCCUCCCUUCAGGAGAAACCCUUGAGGGCUGCGGAGGUGGAGCUGAGGUUAUCCAAGUCCUCAGUCUCUUCCCUAAGGCUACAACAGCUGGAGUGUAUAGGAUUCUCCAUGGAGAGCCUCCCAGGGAGGGCCCCCUUAUACCGGCCCAGAAAUAGGAGUCAACCGGGCCUUAAGGAGAGGCCCUCCCUGGUGGCCGUACUGGAGUAA